AUGUCGAAAGAGCCACAAAUUACCAUCAGGAAAGCCGGACGGGACGAGGUGGAUUUCAUAUUGUCCGAUGUGGACUUGGCGCUAGCCAACUCAUUGAGAAGAGUGAUGAUUGCCGAGAUCCCCACGCUUGCUAUCGACCUUGUGGAGGUGCAGGUAAACACGUCUGUGCUUGCGGACGAGUUCAUUACACACAGACUCGGGCUGAUUCCGCUCGAGAGUGAGGACAUCGAGCAGUUAAAAUACACGAGAGACUGCACGUGCGAAGACCACUGUGACAAGUGUUCGGUGACUCUGGAGCUCAGGGCGAACUGCGAGACGGACGAGACGAUGAACGUCUACUCGAGCCACUUCAUCAUAGUGUCUGGGAACUCGGGCUUGAACCUCGGGAACCCGGUGAUCAGAGACCCAAUGAAGAAGGGAAUUCUUAUCUGCAAGUUAAAGAAACACCAGCAGUUGCACGUGAAAUGCAUUGCCAAGAAGGGGAUCUCCAAGGAGCAUGCGAAAUGGUCUCCGUGCUCCGCCAUCGGAUUCGAGUACGACCCUUAUAACAAGCUCAAACACACAGACUACUGGUACGAGGAGAGCGUCGAGAAGGAGUGGCCUAUGAGCGCCAACGCCGAGUGGGAAGAGCCUCCGAUUUCGGGAGAAAAAUUCGACUACAUGGCCAAGCCAGAGAAGUUCUACAUCAACCUCGAGACCACUGGGGUUUUGAAGCCAAACGAGGUUUUCAGCAAGGGUUGCACGGAGUUGCAGAAGAAAAUAGCCAACAUUGUUUUCGAACUUGGGAAGUUGGACCAGCAGUCGCAGAAUACCGAGGGAAAUCUGGAAAUGACCAACGGCUACUACGGCACCAAUGCCACUGCUGCCAACCCGAACGCUGCCAACAACUACGGUGGAUACGAUGGAUACAACGCUCGUGGUCCCAAUGGACAGGAGGGCCAGCGCACGACGUACGGCGGGGAGACAAGCUACGGCGGGACGCAGUACGGUGGCAACACUCAGUAUUACAACGACGGCUCCACUGGUAGAUGGUAG